AUGGACUCGACCGGCACCUCGACGACCGCACCGCCCGCGGCCAAGCAGCCCGGCAGCGAUGUCAAGCCGCGCCUGACCAAGGACCAGCACGACAUCCUCGAGCAGCAUUUUCUGGCCCAGCACAAGCCGAGCACCAAUGUGAAGAAGGAGUUUGCCUCGCGGCUGGGCAACUGGUUCCAGAACCGCAGAGCCAAAGUCAAGCAGGACCGCAAGAAGCUCAUGAACCAGUACAACAUGUCUCUGACGCAUCCCUUUGGUCAUUCGCACGUGUCCGUCAUGCCCAACCACUAUGCGCAUCCCCAGGAGCAACAACACCCUCACAUGCUUAUGCAACCGGACUUUUACCCGACUGCUGACAUCAGUCCCGCGAGCCUGCCUGUCCAGGCCGGUGAGGGUCCGUCAGCCCUUGAUCUAGGGCCCCACCUCGUCUUGCAGCAAUCCCAACCCCAUCAGCAGCAGCAGCAACAACCCCAACAACAGCAGCAUCACCAAUACGACAUGCAACAUGCCCUGCAUCCCGUCCCCGAGGCCGACCGGUCUGCAGCAUAUCGUCCAAACGACCUUAUGCACUCCAUCAUGGCUGCCACCAACGGCGCUUACAUGCACAACCCGCAGGAGCCCGACUUUCCCUACGACAACGGAAUGCCCCACCCCUACUCCAGUGAUCUUUCCUUCACCGUCCCCGCGCCCAUGCCAAGUGAUGUUGCGCCGUCCCAUCCCGAGUUCGACAACUUUGCCGAUUUCCAAAUAGACUACUCGGCACUUACAGCUACUAACACCAACGGCUCAACCACUGCUGAACCACAGCAAAGCACAGGAUCCAUUUCAUCCGAGGCUUCCCCCUAUAAUGGCACCCAGUCGUCAGGUACUACGCAGUCACCGAAUGGUCCCACCCCGGCCUCCAUUGCCUCGCUAAACUCCGUCUACACCGGCUGGACUGAGGAUCCUACUCAACUAGCGCAGCUCAAGCAGACCGAUGAGCCCGAGGAUCAAUUUGCGCCAUACAAUGUCUCUCAGGCCUCGGAACAGACGCUACCGUUUUGGCCGCAGGAUGCGUCAAGCCAAAUGUACCCACAGUCCAGCUUCUAUCAGCAACAAAAUGUAUCUGCACACGCCAUCCUCACCACACCAGAGCAAACGCGCAAGCUCAGUGGGACGCCUUCUGACCUUGAGAUUCCAAUGCACUUCCGUGACGAUGCAUAUGCGCGAAGGAACUCGUCGACAAGUAAUCUGGCGACCAACAUGGAUGCCAUCCACAUUCGAAAUGGUACACCCGAUGACUUCAAUCAUUCUGAUCAGUCGUCGAGCAUUGCUGCGAGGAGGCAGAAGCGUCCCAUCAAUCUCAGCUCGAGCGCAAUGCGAAGCGCAUCCUACUCAGCUCCCAUGCCUUCACCAGGUGGCAACAACGACAAGGUGAUUCGCAGAAUUCGCUCAAGUGGCAUCGGAAAUGCCGGCGGUCGUGUGCAAAAGUCGCAACCGGGCUCGGCGCAACGCUCCCCAAUGGCUAUGAGCUUCUCUGAUGCUGCUGCAUCACCAAAGUUUGCACGGACAUUCUCAUCUUCAAGUGCCACUACCAUCGGCCAUGGUGGCAGCCUGGCGCCACCAACUCCAUUGACUCCGCAGGAUUCUGGAAACUACUGGGGCGGUGCUGCUGUGAUCAGGCCCCAUUCAACAAUGCCAGACCACAACAGUCCAGAGAGUAUGCACACAAAUUGGUCUUCAGACCAGGCUGGAAAUAUCAUUGCGAAGAGUACUUCCCCUCCGUCCAUGGAUCUGCAAUCACGCUUCAUCAACGACGCUUUGUAUCGAGAUACACCUCCUCAAUCAGCACCUGCAACACAGCAACACUUCCAACGGACUCCAUACAUGCACCACCCGCAAAUGCGACCUGGAUUUUCACUCAACUACUGA